AUGAGAGUGUAUGUGCGGCGCGUACAGAGCCAGCACUACUGGAAGGAAAUCUUUCAACUGGACAGUAAACGGGAAAUCAACAAUAACAGCUCGCUCCGUCAACUGCAACCGUUUCUGGACGAAACCCGUCUUCUCAGGGUGGGCGGUAGACUGCAGCUGUCAGAAUUCAACUACGAGUCGAAGCAUCCGAUCCUGCUGCCUAGCCACUCAACUCUCACCGCGCUUAUUCUCCAUCAUGAGCAUCGCGAGCAACUUCACUGUGGUCCGCAAUCGUUACUAGCGGUGGUGCGACGGCGCUUUUGGAUUGUUCGUGGUACGAGUGCAGCCCGGAAGACGUGUCGAGCCUGCGUCGAAUGUGUUCGUGCAAGACCAGUUCCAUUGCACCAGAUGAUGGGUCAACUACCAGCGGAUCGCCUGAAACCGAAUCCGCCUUUCUCCAUCACCGGCAUUGAUUAUGCUGGACCGAUUAGUAUCGUCAGUCGUCGAACACGUGGCGCUGUAUCGAGCAAAGGAUACAUCGCACUAUUCAUCUGUUUUUCGACACGAGCUGUACACCUUGAAGCUGUGUCGGAUCUCACUACCUCUGCUUUCAUCCGCUUCAGUAGUCGAUAUGGGUUGCCUAACAAAGUCUAUUCGGACAACGCUACCAAUCUACGAGGAGCAGCAGCCAAAUUCCGUGAGUUAUACGAACAAAUCAACACGGCAGAUAUUUUCUCCGACAAAGGCAUUGAGUGGAUAUUCAUUCCCGCUCGAUCGCCUCACCACGGUGGACUUUGGGAGGCGGGUGUAAAGGUGAUGAAAACCUUCUUCCGCAAGUUUGGAGGUGAUGGUCAUUUCACUUUCGAGGAACUGAGUACCGUUCUCGCACAAGUGGCGGCGUGCAUGAAUUCACGGCCAGUUGCUCCACUAUCAGAUGAUCCCAACGAGCCUCAGCCUCUCACACCAGCACACUUUCUCAUCGGUCGACCGCUAAAUACUGUUCCCGAGAUUAACCAGUUGGAGCGUCGUAUCGGAUCCCUCAGCAGGUGGGAGUAUGUGCAACGAGUUAUCCAAGAAUUCCGAGCUCGGUGGCAGACCGAGUACCUUUCAACACUCCAACGGAUGACAAGAUGGCAACUUGCAGCGCCGAACAUUGCAGUGGGUGAUGUUGUAUUAUUGGUAUCGCUGAUAACGAGAAACCCAAGCAAUGGCCUAUGGGCCGCAUUAUCGACACCUUCCCUGGAGCCGAUGGUCACGUUAGGGUGGUGGCUGUUAGAACAACCAACGGUACUACUAGGCGGGAUAUUCGACGGAUCCGGCGAAUCCCUGUGGAAGAUGACAAGUACGUGCCAGGAAGGAAUGGAGCAGAAAUUCCCCAUCGUAAUUUGGUGGUUGCUCGACGGCGGACCAUAUUUUUACACUACAGCAGUGUGUGGCAUGCCUAGUUCUGGCCAAGGUGCCUAG